GCACACAUCAGGAGUGGUCACUCAGCCUCGUGUCAAGAUGGCUACUACCAGUAUUUUGUAAAAUCCUCUCCGUUUACACUCAAUUUUUUUAUAGUUUUCCCAUCAAAUACAGCCAUGAAAUAUAGAAUAUCGGCACGGGCAUAUGCCAAGAUGCUUCUCCACGCGUCUAAAUACCCUCACAAGGCAGUGAAUGGCGUUUUAUUAGGAGAAGAAGUCACCCACGAUGGAGAAUUGUAUGUUUUAGAUGCGGUGCCUUUGUUUCAUCAUUGCCUCGGCUUAGCGCCUCUUUUGGAGGUUGCCCUCACUCAGGUGGAUUCAUAUUGUAAGACAUUGGGACAUCAUAUUAUUGGAUACUACCAAGCCAACGAACAUAUAGAAAACAACAGUCCAGAUAACAUUGCUUACAAAAUUGGAGAAAAAAUUGCAGAUCAGUGCAGCAAUGGUUUUAUUCUCAUGAUUGAUAAUUCAAAGAUGUCUAUCUCCUGUGACGAAGUGGCAUGCAAGUGUUAUACAGUACAUGACAGCAAAUGGAAAUUCUGUGAGAAAGAUGUUUGUGUGGAUGGAGGAGACGAUACCCUGAGCCUUACCUCAGAGCUACUGGAGGGAAAGGCCUACCAGAGUCUUAUAGACUUUGAUAAUCACCUUGACGAUAUCACUCAGGACUGGCUGAACCGUGAUAUUGACAGAUUGGUGGAUCUGUCACAAACAGCAUGAUAUUAAAUGACAAACUAGGGAACUUCAGCAAAGAUCACUUGAACUGCAUUGGUAGAUCCAGGAGUAGGCUGAGGUUGGCUGUGCCCCCCCUACUUUAAAAAAAAAAUGCUUUAAAAUAUAGUGAAUUGUGAGGAUGGUUUACUAAAAACUUGUAGACGACAAAUUUUUAGCUGCCCCCCCUUUUUUGCUCAACCGAGUUUCAUAAUUGAUCUGCGGUCACAUACUUUUCCACUAUUCACAAAUCUUAUGUCAUCCACAUCAAUAAAGCAAAGGAUAAGGCAGGGCCGUGGUAGUGGGCGGGGCACUGUGGGCACGUGCCCCCCUAAUGACCAAUAGGGGCAUGGCUGUUCCCCUACUCGAAAAUCAAGAAAAAUCCUAAUGUUUCUGUAUCAUUCCCUCCCCCCAAUAUUUUGAGGUCUGCUACAGCUUUGAAGAGGGAUUUAUUGGAAAAAAAAACACGCAAACUACUGUUUCAUCCCUACAAGCCUGUUUCGUGGUUGGUUGCCCAAUCAUCAGCGGAUUUUGCGAAUUGUUACCAUCGCGUAUAUACAGUCUAUAUACAUAAUUUACAUAAAUAAAGGCGUGAAAUUUGAAUGGUUCAA